AUGCAAUGCGUUCCUGGGAGGACAGAAGAUCCGACCGAGCAGCUGCCGGAGGUUGAGAUAUUAGGCUGGACAGACGAGUGCAGCUCCAUCUUUGAUGAUCAUGAUGCUCUUCGCUUGAGAAACGUGCAUGCUUUUGAUCCAGCUUUUACGCGUACUGCACCACCUUCCGGUGUUGCUCUCUGGGAUAUGCCUAAUUUGAGAAUUCAAGGGCGGAAUCGCAUUGGCGCGUCUGGUGAUCGGGUAGCAUAUGAACCAUUGAUAUGGGCCAAUAAUUCUAGCGAAGCUCGUGCUCUUCGAAAGCUGUCAGCCCUCGUAGUAGAAGGUCGCAAUUUCAUUUGUUCCAAUACCUUACGCUCCUGCGCUUCCUGCGAGAUACAUGGUGCCAGAGCAGAAUAUGCAUCCGAAUCAAUCAUCGCAAAGCGACAGGUCGGUAGCAAGUCUGAUUGGGACGCUGAUAAAUCCGUUAGCCUGGAUAUCGACGGUGCGAGCGGAGAGAUUGUCACAGAGCCUAAUCGCUAA